CUCUCGUGGCAUCAUCGCGAGCCGACCGGCCUUGCGAAGUGCCGGCCGAGUUCAUGAAGGCCACUGAGAGAGCUGCGAUUGCUCGGCGCGGCCCAUGACUUUGACGGCGUUCACUUAGAAUAUUCUCCGUUUCCACGCCGUCGACUUCUAGGCAUGGCGACUGACGGGCUGAUCGAGUCUCUCGUGCAGCUGGUCUGGCUCCUGUGGGAGAGCGCCUACAACCAGCCGGUCAACUUUGUGCUGACCUUGGCUCUCCCGCUUGCCGGGUUGUCCAUCUUUGGCAUCUACAUCAUCCUUCACCUCGUCGCUCCGAAACCUCGGCUCCCGUUCCCGUCGGAGAAGACGUACCUCACCACGAACCCCGAUGGCACCGUCAGCGCCCCGCGCCCCCUCCCUUGCUGGUAUGACCGCUGGCGCGCUGAGGGUCGCCUCAGCCAGGAGUAUCCAACUAUCCCAGCAGGCUUUCCCGUCACGGACCAGGCCACCAUCGAGCCGGCCGAGGUGGAAGUGAGCGUCGUGGUCCCUGCAUACAACGAGGAAGCGCGUAUCUGCCCCGCCCUGGAGGACAUGGUCGAGUACUUGGAUCAGCAGUUCGGCCGGCCGAACGAACAGACACUGCAGCGUGAACAACAGCAGGAGAAGCCUGCCCUGGAGACGGGGAGGAAAGACAAACGCCCUACGACGCCGCACCGCCUGGUAUUCAAACCCGACUCUACAAGCCCGCCUCCUCGCUCUGCCACCGGGCGAACAGUGUCGAUGGAUGCCGCUCCAUCAGGCUAUGAGAUACUCAUUGUCGACGACGGCAGCCGAGACCGGACCGUCGAGGUCGUCCUCGACUUCUCCCGCCGCCGCGGGCUCCACGACAUUCUCCGGGUCGUCAAGCUGGAAAAGAACCGUGGCAAAGGCGGCGCCGUGACCCACGGCCUGCGCCACGUGCGUGGAAAGUACGCCGUUUUUGCCGACGCCGACGGCGCAAGCCGCUUCAGCGACCUCGGCCGGCUGAUCGAAGGGUGCGAGGACGUGGUGGACGGGUCGAACCGGGGCGUGGCCAUCGGGAGCAGGGCGCAUCUGGUCGCGAGUGAAGCCGUCGUGAAGCGCGCCGCGAUCCGCAACUUCCUCAUGCGCUCCUUCCACUUUGUGCUGAUGAUCCUCACCCCGCCGGCCACCUCGCGCAUCCGCGACACGCAGUGCGGCUUCAAGCUCUUCUCGCGUGCCGCUCUACCGCACAUUGUGCCCUACAUGCACACCGAGGGCUGGAUCUUCGACAUCGAGAUGCUGAUGCUGGCCGAGUCGGCGCCCGCCACACCCGUGCUGGCCAGCGACGGCUCCGUCAUCGGCACUAGCUACGGGAUCAAGGUCGCCGAGGUGCCCGUGGGCUGGCACGAGGUGGACGGGAGCAAGAUGCACCUUGUACAAGACAGCGUCAGGAUGGCGAUUGGGCUGGCGGUGCUCAGGGCGAGUUGGAUGUUGGGAGUUUAUCGGAGAAGGGUGACCGGAUGAAAUGGAUCUUCAACUCUUUAACGUAAAGCUGCGAUUCUACGGGGUUAAAUUUGGGAUAGACAAAUGGGAUAGACAGGAGCCGCGAGAGUUCUCACCGCUACGUAUGGUGGUCUAUCAUGAUCCCGAGCCAAAUAAGCAAAAGAGCCAUGAUCA